AUGGUCCCUCAGACCAAUGGCCAUCACUAUCCUCGUUCGCCAGAAGACGUUAGCAUAGACGCUAUGGCGCGUAUACAGACGCAAAUGUCCCACAACAGUGGCGCCUUAGCUGCGCACACCCGCGACAUUAGGCUUCAACAGGAGAAGAUGGACCAGACAGAAGAGGCACUGCGUCUACAAUACCAUGCCAAGUUUCUUCAGCAAAACGAGCAUAUCAAAAAGGUGGAGGCGCUGGCCGAAAGAUUACAAAGUGAGAUGCAAGGCAUGCACCUUGCCAUGCAAAACAUCAAUCGUGAGUUAUAUACGAUGAGGAUGGAGAGGCAAUCAGGAGUUUCGGCUACGCCCCAUGCCGCUCCAUCUUUCGCGGCUCAGAAUGCAGCAUUAGAGCAAAUGGCGCAGCAGAUGAAUGUUUUGUCGCACAAGGCGAGCGAUGUAGAUCUUCUCAGUACUACUAUCGAGAUCAUGAAGGGUAAAAUUUAUCGACUCGAAGAGCGCGCCGGACCUGAGCCCUCGCAAGCACCGCCAUAUACGUAUCAGGCACCGCAAGCAUCGAUGGCACGCCCACCUCACUCGCAUCAGAGUACACCAACGAUGACGCCGAGCACCAGAGCACCCCAACCAGUAACCAAUGGCCAGCCACAACAAUUGUCGUUCGUCGCUCCCUCCACUACGGCGACACCUAUGAGCGCGCCGAAUCCCACAAGCGCCGGUCCCACUGGAAGUCAGGCUGGCGGAUGGGCUACCAUCAACGCGGGAGUGAAACGAACACAUCAGAACGGCGUUGAGAAUCCACAGGAGGCCAACACUCAAGCACCCGGUUCGCCCAAGAGGCAGAGGCUUGUUGAUGCUGGUCCUUCAGGUUACACGGCUUCGCAACAAACUCCCAUGACAGACCAUCGCUUUCAGACGCCUACGAUACCGUCCCAACAAACUGUACCUGAAUCUGUUCUCGGGUCGCAAUCGCAACAGUCUUCCUACGCCCCUUACGCCACACAAGAUGGCCCUUCAGACGCCAGCUGGCAACCCGAGUCGCAGCGUAUGAUUGAGCAUCGACCGCGUGGGCGUCGUGGCGGAGGUCCCGGAAGUCGGGGUGGCAGAGUCAGGAAGAGUAUGCCAGCCCACGGUACACUCGGAACCCCUGAUUGGGAAAGGCCUGAUUGGCAAGGUGUUCCCGAUUCUCAGAUCAGUCCGUCCGGAUACUACCAACACGUUCCGCAACCAGGACGAGGGGGUAUUGCGCGGCGAGGCAGUGGCGGUGGGGGUGGUCGUGGCGGUUACCCUACCAGCGACCGUGCUAGCAGUCUAGGUCUACAAGGUGUGACAGCUGCUAUGAGCUUCGGAUCGCCGGGUGACAUGUUUGGAUCGGCAAAAAAGACGCGCACCAAGCCCAUUAGGAAUGCAGAUGGAGUCUUGAUUCGCAAAGACGGCCGUCCAGACAUGCGCUCACAAUCCUCAGCGGCUAACCUCCGCAAGGUGCAUUCACGCAACGAAGGCGAAGCAAGCCACUCACCCACUGGCUUCACACCCACCAACCAUCAAUAUGCGGCCUCAGCCAAUGCACCGGACACGCCGAGUCCAAGCGGCUACGCAGCGGACCCAAGCGCCAGCGAUAAGCACAAUGCGAUAAUGGGCAAGAUGUUUCCCGCUGGUGUCGACGCAGCACGGAAACAACAAGACUACACUCGUCAAGUCUUUGAAGAAAACACCGAUCAUACCGUCCACCCACGGUCGCAGAACCACGCCCCCGCAACAAAGGCGGCAGUCCAGAUCAAGAGAGAGCAGGUUGAGCGGAACCGAAUCUCCGAGACACAAAGUCCACGGGUGCAGGAAACAGACGUCGACAUGGAUACAGGGGAAGAUCACGCAGACGACGAGCGUCAGACGCCUGAGGAAGGUGGUGUAGAUCCCGAGGACCAGACUCAGGAUAUGAACAUGCAGGAAGAGCGCGGCACCAGAGCUGCCUCACACACCAGUCCGGAAGAUGAGGCAGCUGGAAAACCGCGUAAAUUCAACUAG